AUGCGAAUAAUCAUUCCAGAGUAGGAUAUUAGGUCUGACUAAAUUCCCACAUUGAGGGCACUAGGGUAAAGUGCAAGAUAUAUGCUUUUCGUGAUCCAAAAUGAAUUCGUAGCUGUCAUUAUGAUAAAUCAAUUAGCAUUAAAAGCACUGCAUUUCAGAUUCGGUUCAUAUUUUAGAAAUCAACUGAUGAUGCCCUAGUCACUUCUGAAAUCAGGCAAGCCACUAUCAACACUCAUCCCAGCUCCACUAGUAAUUACCAGGAUAUCCUGA